AUGAGAAGUCACACUAUAACAAUGACAACGACUUCGCUAAGCAGCUGGUCUUGCUCCUCCCAUGCAACACGUUUUAUAACUAAUCACAGCAACCAAUUGCCACAAAACUUCUCAGAAGCAUCAAAUGUUACCUGUUCCAUGGAUGAAAAAUUACUAUCUACUCUGUUAACAACAUUCUAUUCUGUGAUUUUCAUCGUGGGACUGGUUGGGAACAUAAUUGCUCUCUAUGUAUUUCUGGGUGUCCACCGCAAAAGAAAUUCCAUUCAAAUUUACCUACUUAACGUAGCCAUUGCAGACCUCCUACUCAUCUUCUGUCUUCCUUUCCGAAUAAUGUAUCAUAUUAACCAAGACAAGUGGACACUAGGUGUGAUUCUGUGCAAGGUUGUGGGAACACUAUUUUAUAUGAACAUGUACAUUAGCAUUAUUUUGCUUGGAUUCAUCAGUUUGGAUCGCUACAUAAAAAUUAAUCGGUCUAUACAACAACGGAAGGUAAUAUCAACCAGACAAAGUAUUUAUGUUUGCUGUACAGUAUGGAUAGUUGCUCUUGCAGGAUUUUUAACUAUGAUUAUUUUAAUGCUUAAGAAAGGAGGGCAUAAUUCCACAAUGUGUUUCCACUAUAGAGAUAAGCAUAAUGCAAAAGGAGAAGCAAUUUUUAACUUUAUUCUUGUGGUAAUGUUCUGGCUAAUUUUCCUACUAAUAAUCCUUUCAUAUAUUAAGAUUGGCAAGAAUUUAUUGAGGAUUUCUAAAAGGAGGUCAAAAUUUCCUAAUUCUGGUAAAUAUGCCACUACAGCCCGGAAUUCCUUUAUUGUACUUAUCAUUUUUACUAUAUGUUUUGUUCCUUACCAUGCCUUUCGAUUCAUCUACAUUUCUUCACAGCUAAAUGUAUCACCUUGCUACUGGAAGGAAAUUGUUCACAAAACCAAUGAGAUCAUGCUGGUUCUCUCAUCUUUAAAUAGUUGCUUAGAUCCAGUCAUGUAUUUCUUGAUGUCCAGUAACAUUCGCAAAAUAAUGUGCCAACUUCUUUCUAGACGAUUUCAAGGCGAAGCAAGCAGGAGUGAAAGCACUUCAGAAUUUAAACCAGGAUACUCCCUGCAUGAUAUAUCUGCAGUAGCUAAAAUGCAGUCUAGUUCUAAAAGUACUUGA